GUCCAUCACUGGCAUUCAUCACCUUCCCAGAGGCACUGACACUGAUGCCACUGGCGCCCCUGUGGGCCGUCACCUUCUUCCUCAUGCUCUUCUUCCUCGGCGUUGACUCUAUUUUCGUGCAAAUGGAGGCUAUGGUGGUGUCGCUGGUGGACGAGUACCCGCGACUUCGAGUACGGAAGACCUUGGUCGCCUUCAUCUCCUGCCUCAUCUGUUUCCUCGGCUCUCUCUCCUGUUGUACCCAGGGAGGGAUGUAUAUGCUGCAACUGCUCGACUUCUACGCCGUCCCCCUCACCAUCAUCCUUACUACCUUGGGUGAGAUCAUCGUCUUCGCCUAUAUCUAUGGAGGGGGCCGUGUGGUGCAGGACCUUCAGGUGAUGACUGGCAGGGUAGUGAACGAGAUGUGGUACUUCGCCUGGAUCGGCUUCACACCCUUCGUUCUUCUGUUCAUCCUGGUCAACAUAGUAUUAUCCAGCUCUACACAACUCACCUACAAGGAGUACGUCUACCCUUCCUGGGCCACCAUGCUUGGCUGGCUCACGGCAAUUGCUUCUUUGAUCGCCAUCCCCAUCUACUUCGUGUACUACCUCGCCACUGCUAAGGGAUCGUUCGCCAAGCGGCUGGAAUACGCCUUCAAGCCAACACCUGUGUGGGGACCCGCCUUGGAGAGUCACAGACAAGACUGGACAGAAUACACCCUCCGUCACCCACUCCCUGACCGCUUCCUUCAUCCUAACUUCAAAGGUGCUAUUCCCCGUCUCUCUACUCCAAGGCCUUAGGAAGUGUGGCACUGUCUCUCUCUGUAUGUGUGUAUCUCUCUCUCUCUCACUCUCCCUCUCUCUCUCUUUGAAAUAAAUAUACUUGGCUAAGAAUUACCUCAACAGAAUUUAUUCAAGAUUAAAAACAAACAUUUAUAAUAGCCAAGGACAGAGAGAGGCUCGGGAAGCAGCCAUCCACCUGGUACGAUGUCCUCCGUAAACUUCCUGACCUCUCGUAUGUCUACGGGAA